CUGAAAGGCCGUGAAGGACAAGGCCCGCCUCUUCCGGCCCCUUGCAGCCUGGGAAAGGAGCCCGCGAGAGUUUGGGGGCGGUGGCAGCCGAAGGGGGAAGCGCGGCGACCGCUAAGGGGCGCGUGGGGCUGCGGGGAGCUCGGUGAGUGAAGUUGCUGGUGCGCUGAGAUGGCGCGCGGCUUGUUCCUUAGGGAGGCAGCAGAUCCCUCUGCAGACGUCCGGGUGGCUGCGUCGCUCUGUGUUGCAGUCUUGGCCAUGCGCUGUUUUCACAUAGGCGGGAGCUCUGUUGGAUGCAAGUGCUUUUUUCCUGGCAGCACGCAGGGAUAAACAUUUUGUGAAUCUUUGUACUUUUGUCCAUGUACUUUAUGUAUUUAUUUCCCCCGAUUUGAACUAUAAAAUGGUAUUCUCUUGAGUCAAAAUGAGAGUACCCUUAAACUUUGUUUUUAAUAGAAAAAAGCACAGUUAUAUAAUAUAUAGGAUUUGUCUUCGUGUGUUUAUGAUCGUAGUGAAAUGAGAGAAUAAUAAAUGAGGAUUUGCUUCUGCUUCUUUGUAACCCCCCCCCCAUAUUUAUGGAUCCCCCCACCAAUAAUGGUUAGCCACAUAAGAGUCCUCAGACGAAGGCUGUCUCCCAAUUCUCCUUUCUACAGUGGCCUGUCAGUUGCCCACUUUCAAUCUUACAAGUAGGGGUUGUAGGCUAAAACCCUGCCCUGCUUUUGUCCCCCAGCAGCUGGUAUUUGGUGGCAAGAGCUAGCCGUCCUGAUGAAUAGUCUCAUUUUAUAUGUCCAGAAAUUAGUUUUGGAAAUGCAAUUAUGGUUGGAAACGCUUAAUAUUUUUGCCGACAAUAAACCCACAUGCAGUGCAGCUGUCACCAAAUAUGUGAUGAACUACUCUGCAGUAUAUCUUAACUUGGGGCAGAUUUUUAGAGAACAACUUAAUACAGUAUGGAACUUCUAAGCCCACUCUGAUAGAUUUCAGUGCAUGCUUUACACCAGGCGCGGUCAAACUUGGCCCUCCAGAUGUUUUGGGACUACAGCGUUCAUCAUCCCUAGCAAACAGGACCAGUGGUCAGGGAUGAUGGGAACUGUAGUCCCAAAACAUCUGGAAGGCCAAGUUUGGCCAUGCCUGCUUUACACCGUCUGUGUUUAUUGGCUGUUUUCUGUUUUCCCUCCCCACCCACCCCCUUAGAACCUCUCCCUCCCAAAAUAGUUGUGGGUUGUUGUUGUUUUUUGUAUUUCUUCAAACCUUGUGGGGUCACCAAAGCCUACCAAUGCCUCCCUCAUCACUCUGUUUUGGCAAUAUGAAGAUAGGCAACCAGCAAACUAGUCGGCUAUUAUUGGUCUGUUCCAAAAUGAGUUAGUUCAGUGGAUGCAAGAGGAUGAGAUUUUUGUUCCCUGUUUCUUUGCACAUUUGAUGUUUUUGGUGUUAAGCCAUCUAUGAGUGUGUUGGCCAUGAAAGUUUCUUCCCAACAUUAUCAUGGGGCAAAACAUUUUUGUAUCUAUAGCAACUAAAAAAACUACUGUAAGAAAUGCAUUUUGUUUCCAUGCAGAGUUUGAUGUACAGAAUCUGAAGGCCUUUGAUUAACAUGAAGAAGAGUAAAGGUCGAACAUGUCGAAAGAGGCGAAGAAAACAAUCAAGAAGUUUGUCUUUAUGUGGUGGUAAUGUGUUUUUGUUUAUUUGUUUGUUUCAAGGCCUUUUAUUAUUAAGGCACCCUCAAACCUCGGAAAGCUAAACAAAGUCUAAAAGUAAAGGUUACAAAGUUACCUAAAGUCCUAUCUUAACACAUGCUAGGCCAAUGAAUGCUUUGAGAUGUAGCGUUCCAGCAUUUAGUCUAGGUAAAGGUAAAGGGACCCCUGACCAUUAGGUUCAGUCGUGACCGACUCUGGGGUUGCGGCACUCAUCUCGCUUUAUUGGCCAAGGGAGCCAGCAUACAGCUUCCGGGUCAUGUGGCCAGCAUGACUAAGACGCUUCUGGCGAACCAGAGCAGCGCACGGAAAUGCCGUUUACCUUCCCGCUGGAGCGGUACCUAUUUAUCUGCUUGCACUUUGACGUGCUUUCAAACUGCUAGGUUGGCAGGAGCUGGGACAGAGCAACAGGGGCUCACCCCGUCACGGGGAUUCGAACCACCAACCUUCUGAUUGGCAAGUCCUAGGCUCUGUGGUUUAACCCACAGCGCCACCCGCUGUGGCCUUCCCCAAAUGGAAGAAGUUUAACCUAAGCCAAUACAACUUAAUGGGGUUUGCAAUUCAAAACAUUUGGAGGGCAAAUGCUUGGGGAAAGCCGAUCUACAUUCUUACAAACCAGGGUGUCAUAUUGUUACUGAAUUUUUUUAUCAGUGACACGGGAAAACAACACUGGCUUAGGAGUGGGGUGUGGGGGAAUAGUUAAUUCAGUAUUGCAACUGGGGUUAAUGUUAAUAAAAGCCAUUGAGCCAACACAGUGUAACAACACGCUCCUGUACAUUUUUUCUGAGCAGCGAGCCUCACUGUGUUCAGUCGGAGGUGCUCUGAUGUCUGGUGUACUAAGGAUUGCAGCCUAAGUGAUUAGUGAACCCCAAUGCACAUAUAGUGCAGGUAGGAAGAUGGAAUUCCUAUCCCCUAUUUUUUCCUGUAUAUAGGGUAACAUUGAUUCAAUAGUUUUAUCAGGGAGGAGCGCAGUCCUGCUACUGUACUGGCAAGUUAUUCUGUUUAUUCUGCUAAGCCAAAGUACUUUCAUGGCAUCCAUUUUUCCCCAGUGUUGUGAUUUGCAUGUUACGUUGCUGUGAAAAACAUCUUUUGGUGAAUCGUCAUUAAUGAAAAAAUGCCAUAGCACGAUCAUUUCUGUGUAAUGAUUUCAGUAAAUCUUAGCCACAAACACGAAUAUGUGCUGCUAAAGAAAUGGCUGAAAGAAAGAGGCUAUGAAGAUAAUACAUUGCGGCCAGCACAAUUUUCAGGUAAUGAUAUAAUACUUUUCUGACAAACUGCAGUUGUAUUUGAGUGUUCUGUUUGUGUUUGAAACUACAGGUGAUCCGGGGAGAGCUGGGAUGCCUCCGGGGCAAAAGUUUGAAGGCAGGAGCUUCCAUGCCCUAUUUAUAAUUCUGAUUAAACAUUCCAUGAGUUUUUAUGCUUUCUAAAACUCUUCUGUGUUCUUCCCCCUCCUUCUGCCUUGUUUCCUUGAGGCCUGAGCAGUCUAUUUAGAUGUACAGUAUGCAUAUGUAUGAAAUUGUUUUAUACAUGCUUUUCUUGUAAUGUCAAAUUUCUUUGAGUUGCUUCACAAGUCAAAUAAUGAAAUAAUUAAUACUGCAUAUCUCUGGGGAACCUAGAUAGGUAGUGAAGAUACAAACCACUUCUAAAUUCUUGCCCCUGACCUCGUUUCUUUUCUUGGACCACCAGUUAACAACCAUUUGCAGGUUUGUGGAGAGCCCAGGAGCCAAUUUCAUUGCAGCUUUCUCUCCUUUGUCUUUUAGAGACAGGAAGAGGAUUGAUGACCACAAAAGCUCUUCAGGUUUGUAUUCCAAAGAAGAGGCUGGUGCACAACUUCUGGGCCAGGUUGAAAAUAUGAGAUCCCUCCCUCUACCCGCCCCCAUGGUAUCCUUGUGUAUAAUACAGUGGUACCUCGGGUUACAUACGCUUCAGGUUACACACGCUUCAGGUUACAGACUCCGCUAAUCCAGAAAUAGUACCUCAGGUUAAGAACUUUGCUUCAGGAUGAGAACAGAAAUCGUGCUCCGGCGGUGCGGCAGCAGCAGGGGGCCCCAUUAGCUAAAGUGGUGCUUCAGGUUAAGAACUGUUUCAGGUUAAGAACGGACCCCCGGAACGAAUUAAGUACUUAACUCGAGGUACCACUGUAUAGACCAACUGUCUUAAAGCUGCCUUUGCACUAGACUCUACUGGAUUCACAGAAUAAAAUUCUGAAGUGGGGCAUAAACAGAACAACCAUUUAAAAGUAAUUAUUUAUGAGCUUUGUAGAUUGGUGUAUGGCCAGUUUCUUAACAUCAUUUUUGUUGUGGAACAAGUUAUUGUGAAUGAUUUUGCUCCCCCAGGUGGUAAAAGCUGGUAUUUACCACUUCCUCUGAAAUAAUUGGCAUAGGUGGUGGUCAACUCCUAGUAGUGAAUUUGCUAGAAAUACUCAGUGUGUGAAAUUCACAAAACUGAGGUAAUCUUGUAAUGGUUUCACCACAAUAAAAAUCAGAAUUGAAGUUUCGACCUUCAAGUCAUACAUUCAUGGCUAAAUAUAACUUCUAAAGAACUGGAGAAAGGUGCUGACAACCAAUUAAAAACUAUAGUUCAUCUGGUUUUUACUCAGCUAUUAAUCAGAACAGAAAUAUAUUUCUUUGUUACCAAUGAUUUACAACCAGGGCUACUAAUCUUUCAACACUCCAUUGAGUAAUAUAGUCUGUAUCUAAAGUGUCCAGUACUUGUCUUGUUUCAAGUGACAACUUUCAGUCUUUUGGGGGGAAAAUGCCUCUUUGUUAAGGUGCAGACAAGCCAUACAAAUUUUUUCUUGGAUUCAUCAGUGCAAUAUUUUUUCUUGACCCAAUAGUGCUAAUUAUGUGUGCAUUUUGACAUUUCUUACUGUGAUUUGUAUUUGGGAGUAUGUUCACUCUGAUUUCUUUAUUUUUUAAAAAAUCAUAGGCACAAGAGCUGAUUAUUUCAUUGCCUGAAAAAUGCUUGCUCACCACUGAUACUGUCCUUAGCAGCUACCUUGGAGAAUACAUCAUAAAGUAAGUUUACAAUUUUGAAUUCUGUCUAUCUAGCUCUCCCUUGAAUCUACUCUUAGCAUUGCUCACACUGUACUUUUUCUUAUCAAAAUCAUUUCUAUUGCUUUCAGCAUAGCCAUGCAGAUAGAGAAGUUAUUUGAUGCUAUAUAUUUGAAGACAUAUAUAGGAAAAGAACAGUGAAAUAAAGUAUGUCCACAGGAAAUUCAAAUAUUUAGGCCACAACCCUAAAUGCACUCAACAUGGGAAUAUACUCUAGCCAGUAAACAAGACUUACUUUUGAAGAAACAUGCAUAGGAUUGUAUUGCACAGAACAGUUUUAUAAUGAUAAUAAGGAAAAACAAACAAGGGAAAGGUAAUGGAAAUUAAAAAUAAAAUUACCCUUUCCCUGCUUCCUUUUCUCUAGAAUUAUUGAUUGGCAUAUAUGCUAAACUUUCAAAACAAUAAAAACUAAUAGAAGAAGAAGAAAAGUAUUUUACUUCGGAACAUAAACUGGUUGCAGCCCCCUCCCCACUUACUUUGGAGUGUAAGCUCUAUUGGACGCAGUGGGACAUUCUUCUGAGUAGCCAUGGGCAGGGAUGUGCUGCAAAUGUCCUUGCCCUUAUAGUCUACUUAGAAACAAACCCCACUGAUUUCAGUAGGACUUGCACUCAGGUAAGUGGUUAGAGAAUUGUAUCUUAAGGUGCAAGCAGAUGAACAAGACUGAAGUGAUUAAAAAUCAUUGACUCCAGUCGGGUUUUAUUAGGUUUCUAUCUCUUUAUGCUCUUGCAAAAUAUUUGCAGGACGUAAUAAAAAUAUCUCUGGUAUACAAAAAACUGAAGCAACAACAGAUGACUUAAACAAAACAUUACGAAAAUACAGUUGGAUAUAAAAAUGUUAUGUGAAAACAAAGUUGCUGAUAUAUAAAAAUCAAGAAUAUGAGUUCAUUUUCCUUCUGGCACUUCUUCCCUCUCAGGCUCCGGGUUCUCACCCAUGGUUCAAACCAACUCUUGGCUCACCCACAAAAGUCUCACAAUGACGAGUUCCUGGAAGCCAGAGACAUCACCCUAGUCUCUCACUCUUGGCUUGCUUUUUAUGGGCAGGCCCAAGGUGGAUGGUACUGCCUCAGGCUGCCCGCAGCCAUGUCCCAUUCAGUUGCACUCUCCAUACCCAAUUCCAGGUACAGCGGUACCUCUACUUACAAACGUGAUCUGUUUCGGGGUGCUGUUCGCACCCUGAAAAACCCGUAAGUAGAGUGCCGCUACUGCAUGUGCGCGAAGCAUGCAGAUUGCUUCUACGCACGUGCGCGGCGAACCCAGAAGUAAACACUUGCGGGUUUGCUGCGUUUGUAACCUGAAAAGCCGCAACGUGAAGCAAACGUAACACAAGGUAUGACUGUACAGCAGGUUUGCUGAGUUUCCUAGGGGGUCCCGAGGAUGUGGAUAGCCCCCCCCCCGUCAGCUCUUUCUUCACCCUCUGUCCUCUCCUUUUCAGCUGUUUACAUAAUAUUUCCCUUGAUUAAAUGAAAUAUGAAAUAUUUAUACAGCAUAAAGCAUCUGAGUCUUUUUACAGCAAGCCCAGCUAAUUCCCAGCCAAACCCUUCCUAAAAUCUACCACACCCUAAGCCCUGUUUAAGACCUGACGGUUAAACUUUUCGUCUUUUAACUCUCCACCGCCUCCUGAGUGGUUGACACUCUGCCCAGCCAUGACUGACUUCUGGGUGUCCAUGAGGUUGACCCCAAGGCCCAUCCACCGCACACGGACAAACUGGAUCCUCUGGUUAAUUUGCUUACUCUGGAGUGGGAGUAGUCAAUGUAGUGCCCUCUAGAUGCCAUGGACUACAUCUCCCAUUACCCCUGAUCUUUGGGGCCAUCAUGGCUGUGGCAUUUGAGAGUCACAAGGUCUGCAACAUCUGGAAGGUGCCAUCUUGGCUGCCCCUACUCUGUGCUGCGUCUAUAGCAUUUGCAUGUGCGAUGGUGACAUAAGUAAGUCUUAAUGCUACGUGAGCAGCUUUCUGUGUCAUUUAAAGCUAUAGGAAUGUAGUAAGGAGUGUUUGUGGUUCUCAUGUUUUCUUCUGCCUUUAGAUGGAGACCCCCCAUUUCUCCUUUGGCAGCACUGUGUACAUUUUUAAUAGCAGAAAAGUGUGCUUGCAAGGAAGAAUCCCUGUGGAAGCCAUACCUGGAUCUCCUACCUGAAACAUAUACCUGCCCUGUUUGUUUGGAGCAAGAAACAGUGAACCUUUUCCCUGAGCCCCUAAGAAGAAAAGCCCUUGAGCAAAGAAGACGGGUCCAGGAGCUGUUUGUUUCGUCCCAGCCAUUUUUCUUCUCCUUACAGCCUCUGUUUUCUGAAGACGUAGCAUCUGUCUUUAACUAUAGUUCCUUUCGGUGGGCUUGGUGCACCGUUAAUACCAGGACAGUGUAUAUGAAACAUGCUCAGGGGGACUGCUUUUCUAGGGAGUCAAAUACAUAUGCCUUGGCUCCUUACUUGGAUCUGCUAAAUCACAAUCCAGCUGUCCAGGUAAGCUAAUUGGAGCCAGGUUUCUAGAAUAUGAGGGUGGGAGAUUGGCAUGAACAAUAGGAACUGAACUGUGCAGUGUGAACGGUUCCAGGCAGCCAUGCCUUCUUUCAAGGUGCCCUUCUUUCAUUACUCCUCUCUGUUCCGCACAAAAAAAAUCCACUUUUAAUAUUUUCCCAAAUUAAUGCGUGUGUUCUGCCAGAGCCCAAGUAAAAGGCAAAAGGGGCCAUCCGUUGUUCUGCUGACUAUAGUACUUUAAUUAUUGGAAGGCUCAUUGUGUUUAAUGUUCUGCUUUGAAGUAGAUCAACCUUCCCCAACUUGGUGCACUCCACUUGUUUCGAGCUACAAUUCCAAUCUGCCCCAGGCCCCCUUGACCACCGCUCGGGGGUGAUAGAAGUUGUGUUCUGCACCAGCUACAGCCCCCAGACCAACCCCAAGGGCACAUGGAGCACAAACCGACUGUGAGGUUACAAAUGCAUGGACCACUGUGGUCGAGCUAACCUGACCCAGUAACGGCUGCAGCUGUCUUGCCGAUAGAAGUUAGUAAGAAAGGCACUCCUAGCCAUUGAGGAUGCCUGUGCCUCCAGUGACCCAGCUGGAUCUAGGAGCACCCCAAACUCUGCACCUGCUCCUUCAGGGAAUGCACAACCAGGGCAGACAACUUACCAACUCCUUGGACCCUCCUGGGCCUGGCCACAUGUUGUGUGUUAGCGUUGGCAAAAAUACACCUUUGCAUGAACAGUUGCUUAGCCCAAAAUGGUGUGUGUAUUGGGAUGGUGGUGGUUGUGAUCGUGUGGAGUUCCUAUGCAGGAGUUCACACAUAGCUGCCUUUUUGUAGACCUCCAUGUUCAAUGCAUGGGCCAGGAGCUUUGUAUUUUCUGUUGUCCUUGGUGUUGGGAAGAGGAGUGGUUCACAAAUAGCUUGAAACAUUUUAGGCUUUGUCCGUUCUCUUCUCAUGAACUUUCUUUUCAGAUAAAACUGCCUUGUUCUCUCCUCCCUCCUCCUCCUCCAAGGUGAAAGCUGCAUUUAAUGAGAAGACAAAGUGUUAUGAAAUAAGAACACUUUCAGGCUGUCAAAAAUACAAAGAAGUAUUUAUUUGUUAUGGCCCACAUGAUAAUCAGCGCCUGCUUCUCGAAUAUGGUUUUGUUGCGAACUCUAAUCCACACAGCAGUGUGCAUGUUGGGACAGGUAAAUUUGGAUUUGAUCUUGACAUUGAUGGGUGAUGCAGUUUUACUGGAGGCUUAGGACAGGGCCAACCUGCCACUCAGUGGGCGGAGCUUAUAAUUCCACUACCAUUUUUUAAUGGUUCCAGCUACCACUUUCAGCUAGCUCUACACUGUAGCUGCCUGACUUCAGUUCAUCUUGCAAGUCUUGGGCAGGGCUUCCUUUGAAAAGCAACCAGGGCAAUGCAUUGUGUAGUAAGAUAAUGAUAAGACCACAGUGAGGUCGUCCUUUACUUGUAACUAUUAGUGGCAGUAUCACAUCUCUCCAAAGCCUGCCCACCUCUGGCUUAUAACUCUGGAAAUGAUGGGGGUCAGAGUUAGAAACUUAGACAUAAAAGUUAGGUGCCAAAUGGCUCCUUAAACCAGGGUUAGUCGCCAAAAUGGAAUGCCAAGUUGCCAUUUUUGGGCCAGAUGGCUCAAAAGCCAUAUUUCUCAAUACAACCUUUUUGUUCCUGAAAUUCAUUCUGAUUGUGCCAAUGAAAUAUAACAGAAUUACACAGGAUGUGUUGCUACUGUGUGAAAACAGAUCCAGGGACCCCCAGGCAUGCACCUGCAGAUGGUGGAGAUGUCAGGCAUCAUCCUGGUGCCCAGCCAUCUUCACUUGGUCUCAAGUGGCCAAUAGCCAGGUGCAAAAUGUGCCAGGCAAAUUUUUAUUGCUGAAGGGGAUGCCAUCAUCCUUUGCUGUUGAGAGCUGACAUUAUCCUGGUACACACAUUAUCCUAGCACUCUGCUGUUAGUGCUAAUGGCCAUCUUGGCUUAGCUAUGGAAUUGGUUGAGAAAACUCAGCUUUCGACCACUCGGCAUCUGUUUGUCCUUUAAGUUUUAGCUGCUGGUUUUUACACUCUGUUUAAUCCUUUGGUAUUUGUGUGCAGUGUGCUCUUUGCGGUCAGCUAUUAUAUUUUGCAGCUAAUGUUGUUGCUUCAACUUGGAUUGUAAAUCAAUUAAAUUAUAACAACCCCCACAUACUCUGGUUAGGGCUGGCAGGGAAAAUCUAAGCCGUAGGCAGAUUCCCCACCUCUUUAUUGUGCUUUUAAAUAGCCAGCUUGUUUUCGGUUUUCCUUUUUCCUUGGUUUUUCUUUUCUAGGGUUUUGCAUUUUGGUUUGGUUUUUUCAUUUCCAACUCUCCACAUCUAGGCUGGAGCCACUUGUUUUAUAUAGGUUUUUUUUGGUGGGGGGAGGCUAGCCUACUCAGACCCUUAAUUUUAUUGUGCAUGUUUGUUUUUAAAGUGUAGAUUGUAUCUUCAGCUGGUAAAUUUUAUUUAUGUCUACUUGUGUUUAAAGUUUGAUUUUAUCAGUAUUUCCUUUAACAUUGCUUUAUGCAAAUCUCUUUGAAGUUUUUCUGAUGGAAUGGUAUCUCAGUCAUGUCAUUCAUAUAUAUAUAUAUAUGUGUGUGUGUGUGUGUGUGUUUGUUUGUGUUGGGAAGGCUUUUAGUCUCAGAGACAAGGCAACUUAAAGUACACCUGCCAAACCCUCCACAAAAUGAUCAUAUUCUAUUCCAUCAAAAUACAUUCAUUUUAAACAAGCAUACACACACACACACACACACACACACACACACACACACAAUUUCCUUCUCCCUCCCACUGAUCACAUCCACACCAUACAUUAAAUGGCUCUUUAUAAUAGUCAUGGAUUUCUCAAAAUAAUCCUGGGAACUGUAGUUUGCUUGCCACAGAAAUACACUGUCCAGCACCUUUAACAAACUACAGCUCCCAGGAUUCUUUGUAGGAAUGUCCUAAUGGUUAAAGUGACUUGUAAGAGUGCUUUAAAUGUAUGGUGUGGACAUCACCAUUUUUGGGGAAAGGAAAACCUGCUUUUCCUCCUCUAAUCGAGCAACCACAGCACGUGUGUGUUUCUAGAUUCCCCCUCCGCCAGUGAAGUCAGUCAGUCAUGCUGAAAUUAUGUGAGCACCCAGCCACAAGCGAGAGCGAAUGUGUUCUUGGCUUUGUUUCCUAAAAUAUUUUCAGCAGAAAUGCUAAUAGUUAAAAGUGCUAGAGACAUACAAAAGGCUUCUUUGUUACCGUAACUCUCAUAACUUGUUUGCUUUAAACACUUUUUUUCUUCAGAAACCUUACUCAAAUAUAUCCUUCCAGAAGAUAAGCAGAGACAUACGAAACUUUCAAUUUUACAAGAAAACAACUUUUUAGAGUUAAGUACGCAUAUGCAUCUGGGGACUCAAUAGCCUCCCUCCUGUGAUUUUAGUUUAUAACUUCAGGUCAACAAAGAAGAUAGGUUAGGAUGUUUUGAUCAGUGGGUGCCUCCCAUGGUUAAACCUUAGACAAAAAUUGGAUAAAAUAUAAUCAAGUAAAAAAAUCCUUUUAUAAAUUGUACUAAUAUUAAUAAAUGUGUGUGUCAUAUACAGUACAGUGGUACCUUGGGUUACAUACGCUUCAGGUUACAUACGCUUCAGGUUACAGACUCCCCUAACCCAGAAAUAGUGCUUCAGGUUAAGAACUUUGCUUCAGGAUGAGAACAGAAAUCGUGCUCCAGCGGCGCGGUGACAGCAGGAGGCCCCAUUAGCUAAAGUGGUGCUUCAGGUUAAGUACAGUUUCAGGUUAAGUACGGACUUCCAGAAUGAAUUAAGUACUUAACUCGAGGUACCACUGUACGUAUGUAGUAUGUACUACAUAUUUUGGAAAGUUGUCUGUUCACUCUGGACAUACCAUAAUCAUAUUUUGCAUGAGGACAAGGAACAGGUUUUCCUCCAAGUUAGAGUACAAUUGGAUGCUGCUAUUUUGAAUCAAGAGGCUGGACUGAACUUUUCAAAACUGCACUAAGUUUUUAUAGUUGCUUAGAAUUCACAAGUGGUGCUGGGUACGAGGCUGCUAUUAUAAAUAUGUUGGAUAUAGAUUCCUUUAAAAAUGAUUUGUUAUUUUUCGUCUCUAGUAAUCUGACAUUUGACUGGGAUGGGCCAUCUUGGAGACUUCUUACGGCUCUCAAGCUGCUAUGUCUCGAAGCAGACCAAUUGUAAGUAGCAAAUGUUUGCUGAAAAUGACCGUUAAUGCAAAAGUUGCAUUUCUUGAAUGCCAUUGUUGGACUUUGUUUAGCUGUCUGAUGGCUGGAUCAGAAGCAAAAUACCUAAAAUGUGUUUACAUUUAUUGACUGUAGUACUUCCUGGAAGAAAGUGCUUCUUGGCAAUGUAAUUUCAAAGAGGAAUGAAAAGAAGAGUUUGGAUCUCGCAACAAAAAUAUGUAUGUCAUUGACAGAGGAGACCCAGCAUGCCCUUCAGAAGGUAUCUGUUUGAAUGAAUUAGCCUGCUGUAACACAAGGGCUGGAGGUGAAACUCACAUGGGGGGGGGGAACCCCUUUCCUACUUGCAUUUAAGAGCAAUAGAAUCCCCAAAAGACUGAAAAUCCCGCACACUGAUUUCUGUCAUACCAGCUUAACACUCAGAAAUGAAGAUGGUUCAAUUUGUAUAGAAAACAGUAUAAUAUAAUUAUUUUAAUUAAAGUUCAUAUAUAUAAAUUUAGCACUAUGUGUGCUUCUAUAAUCCUAAGCACUUUGAGACAUUUUUGUAGUAGGUGAUAAGGAAAUGCAUAUAAUAAUAGUGAAGUUGCAUGGGGCCUCCUUCUUGGCAAUGUAGAUCUUCCUCCUCAUUGAUGCAAGAAAUCCAGAGUUAGAACAUCCCUCAUUGAUGGCUGUCUAGCCUCUGCUCGUACACUUCCAGCAAGGGAGAGCCCACCAUACCUCUAGCUAAUGGAUUUCCAUCAAGAAUGUUAUUCUAAAUCUAUGAUCUGUAACUUGGCUAUUACAGUUUUCAAGGGAUAAUGGCAUAAUUGUGCAAGAGCCAUGAAUAUUGGUUCUCUGAACUCCAUCACACAUAGGUGGGGAACCUUAGACCGCGCCUCUCUGUCCAAUAGGAUUUUAUUAAUGAUCUUUUUACCUUUUCACUUUUCAGAUUUCUCUGUUAAAAAGUGAUUGCCAGCAUCUUGCAAGCCAGCUAACUUUAGUUGAGGCGUUGCGUACAGAAGACCUAAAGAUCUUGCAAAUGUCAGCGGAGAUUCUUCAGCAUUUACAUUCCACCACAAUCUGACCUCCUUGGAACAGAGUUGCAUCACAGAAUAGAAUACCUGGUGUGCAGUGGGCCAUAUAACACCAGUCCUAAAGGAUCUGUACUGGCUCCCAGUAUGUUUUUGAGCACAAUUCAAAGUGUUGGUGCUGACUAUUAAAACCCUAAACAGCCUUGACCCUGUAUACCUGAAGGAGCAUCUCCACCCACAUUGUUCAGCCUGGACAUAGAUAUCCAGCGCCAAGGGCCUUCUGGCGGUUCCCUCACUGCGAGAAGUGAGGUUACAGGGAACCAGGCAGAGGGCCUUCUCGGUAGUGGCGCCUGCUCUGAGGAACGCCCUCCCAUCAGAUGUCAAGGAGAUAAACAACACUGCAACUCUUAGAAGACAUCUGAAGGCAGCCCUGUAUCAGGAGGCUUUUUAAUGUUUGAUGUUUUAUUAUGUUUUUAUAUGUGUUGGAAGCUGCCCAGAGUGACUGGGGCAACUCAGGCAGAUGGAUAAUAAUAAAUUAUUUAUUUAUUUAUUGGUAAAAGCCACCAGCUUGCUUAUUUAUUUACUUAAAUUAUAAAACUUCGUAUCCCCCACUUUCUUUGCAAGGCAGACACAAGGCGGCUUGCAACAAUUUGAGUAGAACAGUACCACCGUAAAAUAAUUUAAAAGCCACUGAAGGGAGCUUAAUAAAAUAGAAGAGAGGUGGGGGGAAAUACAAACCCAUAAGAAUUAAUCCUCAGAGUUACCAUUCAUGGUAGUGGGGGUGGGGAGGAACAAGGCAGUUUUAAAAGUGGACCAUGAGGUGGGGGUCAGCUGCACCUGCCUGUGGGGAGACCAUGAUAAAAAGAGGCCUUUUUAUCCCCACCAGCCAAACCUCCAUCAGAAGCAAGACAGCAAGAAGGGACUUGGAAGAUGAGCAAAACUCCUGAAUUCGUGUGAAUUUCAGAAUUUGUGUUAGGAUCCCCAUGGACAAGGUUGAAUUGUUAGUUUUGAGAGCAAGGCAUCCUUAACAAUAUGGCAAUUUUCCUUUUACGCAGUCUGUGUGUUGACUGUGUCUGAGGAAUUCAUCAGAGCUGCUUAGUAACCUGACUUUUCUCCAUAAGGCUUAACAAACCUCUCCAGCAAAGACAGAUUUUACUCUUUUUAACAUUAUUUAUCCUGGAAGGGAUCAUGAAGCAGCUAGCAUAUUGCAUAGCUAAGUAUUUUUCUGGUAAAUCUUUCGCAACUACAUUUUUUUUUUUAAAGGCCAAGAGGAGUGAUACGUUGUGCGACGCUGUUACAUUUCACUUUAG